AUGAAGAGAUAUUUGGUCAUCCAAUCGCUCGUUCUCUCCCUCACUAUCGCUUCGUUAAAACGUGCAUGCGCAGGAAAGUACAAGGAUAGAAUCCCCAUCAACUUUGACAUCUCCUGUGAGCUCCCAUUUUGUGUAUUGACUCGUCCGUCGAUAAAAGUAACCAGUGGAAACUAUUACUACAUCAAAAGGUCGCUUUCAACAUCCUACAGGAUUGAUAAAAUCCUGGAUAAAGGUCAGGUGAUUCUCGAUGGAGAUCCAAAGGAUUUGGAAAGGAUGCUCUUCAUUGUCCACCUCGACAAUGGUCAAAGAUACCUCAGAGUUGUUACCAAGAGCAAGUAUCGCAAUACCGUGGAAAGGAGAAUACAGGAGUUUAUAAGCUUUCCCAAAAAUCCAAAGUUUAUGUCAGUUGUUCGCACGCAUGUAGAGUUGGACAUUUUCUCACAGUCAAACACAAGCAUUAUAGUGGUGAUCGACAAUUACCAGGCAAAGACAAAAAGAUUUAGCAUAAGGCCAGAGAUGAAGCUUCGAUAUACAAUUGGUGUUGUGCGUAACUUUAGUCAGAUCCUCAACUGUAGAGUGCAAGGACUAAUUGAAAGAACAGUCAUCAUGGAAGGGAAGGGAACGCCCUCAAUCGUGAUUGUAUCAAUUUAUGCAGAUGGAGACCAAACAGUGGAGCGGUACAAAUCCUCGGAAGAAAAGGAAAAGGGGUUUGUAAUGGAAAGCAGAAAGUUGACAGAGAUAUUUACACAACCAUCCGACGAAAAGGAUAUAUAUGAGAACCCUUUGAGUGGACUAAAUAUAACUCUUAUAGGUAGCGUAUCUACACCUACAACUUUGAAUGACGUCAUUAUAGAAUCUUCGUGUAUGGCAUCUACAUCCGCCAGUGGUGAAAAGCAAAAUUUAAGAGCUGGAGAAAAGAGGAAGUUUCCAGAAGAUUCAUCAGAGACUGUUAGCAUAGAAUCAAUACAGACACAUCCGCAACCAAUUGAACCAACAAAACGGAUGGAUUGUAAAUUUGCAAAUGUAGCAAACAUGUUCACAAGGCCUGAAGAGCGUCGGGAACCAUCUACAUCAACUCACACUUACUCGGAUCCCAAAUCCUUUGAAAUAUCAGAGGAUGAUUCGUCUAUGCAUUCCUUCGCCAACUCUAUAGAUUACCAACAGUGGCAAUACAUAGCGGAAGGACUAAAUACAACAAAUUCACUUGAAGAACAUCCACCGACAUCUAGCACUCAGAAUGUAACAGAAUUUCUAGAUUUAGACAAUCAGCAAUGGUCUUAUGGACCGGAGAAUAUACCUGCGUUUGAUGCGAACACCUUUCAAGGAUCAGAAAGUAAUUUCAUGCCAAUGGCUGAAAAUACUGUCGAAUCCUUAUGGAUGAAUGAAGGAGCAAAUAUGGGAUAUACAAUGCAAAAUCAGCUACAAUAUACACAGUAUGAUGGAAACAUAGGCUAUUACCAACAGUGGUAUCACCAUUAG